CUAGCAACGCAGUCACCUCGGUGGUUACCACGGAUAGAAAAACCUGAAGCCCUCGGAGCAGGGUUGCCAGAGACAAUAAAAGCAGGAAGCCCAGAUAGUCUACCAAAGUCUCAAUCUCUCAGGGCGUACAAAGGCGAAGAAGACCGCUCAUAAAAUGGCUUUGGACAUCCUUGCCGUGGGCCCUCUCUACGAAGACCCUGACGUCAACAGAGUAAGGCUGAUAGCACAGACAACCAAAAACUCCACCGCCCCGCCAAAACGCUUGCCUCCUAUCAAGACCAAACUCACCACCAUCGAGACCAAGAGGAUCAUGUCCGUCCUGGACGAGACCAUUCACAAGGUGGAGUUGGUGACCCUGCUGUCAUACGUGGCAUCCAGUUCCAAGAAUUCGGAGGGGAUGCUGGGGGAGGACAUCAUGAAAGCAGUGAGAGAGCACCAGGACCUUUGCCAGAUCCUCGUGGAUCGUGUCAGUUACCUGCAGGAGGAAGAAAGGCAGUUGCAGGAGGAAGAAGAGUUCGAGGAUGAACCGUCGUUCCGAGACCGUGUCCUCUCCAUAGAGGUGCAGAAAUCCCACCUCCCACCCCUUAUGCAGCAGAUCAAAGGAUCCACCAAGAACAUCGUGAGACUCCUGCUCAGUAGCCCCCAGGCUGCCAGGCUGUUGCAGGUGCAGACCCUGGGCAGAAGUGUGGAAGCCCAGAGUUUUAUUGAUAGCCUGGUAGAACUCCGAGGUUUCCUGUUUGAGAAGCUACUCACUAGUCCCAUGGAAGCCAGAGACAAGACUCAGUUCAUCCAGGACAUCACCAGACGGAAUCAGAGGAACCAAGAAAUCAUCGAUACUCUGGAAAAUGAAUUGGCAGCCUGCGUGAGGAACAGGGAUGCAGAGGUGGAGAAGGAGAACGUCGUGAUCCAAGAACUGAAAAACCACCUGCACCAGCUGCCCAAGCUCUCAGAGAACAGCCUCCUUCGCACCAAGAAGGAGGCCAAGAAGCAGCAGAAGGCGGACUUCCGGGCCUCGCAGGCCCGGGUGGCCAAGACCCAGCAGGAGAUCCUGCUGCUGCAGGCGCAGUUCAACAGCCUGGUCGUGGAGAACUGGGAGGCAGAGCAGGCGCUGAGGAAGAAAAAAUAUAAAGUGGAAACGGAAAUUGAGAACUGGAUCCAGAAAUACGAUUUGGAGAUGAGUGAAAAGCAGGAUGAGUACGAGGAGUUGGAUAUCAUCCACAAGGAGGAGAAGCUGCAGCUGGAGGAGCUGAAGAGACGGCAUGACGUGCUGGUGGAAGAGUUCUCCCAGAUCCAGGCCGAGCAGGAGAUCAACACCAAGAAGAGGCUGGAAGCCGAGCAGGAGAUGGUGCACAUGGUGCGGGCUGCCAUGCUCAUCCAGGCCCUGUGGAGGGGCUACCUGGUCCGCUCCAUGCUCAGGUCCAAGAAGAGGAAGUGGAGCAAGAGCAGAGGGAAGAAGGACAAGGGCAAGGGCGAGGGCAAGGGCAAGGGCAAGGGCAAGAAAUGAGUCCCUCCCCCCAGCCUGCCCAGACCCCUGCCCUCACCAAGAUCUUACCUCUCACUCAAGAGCCGGCCUGGAAGCCCCUGGGAUGUGGAGCCCUGCGAUUCAUGGCCUUAACACUUUUUCAAAAUUAAAAACCCUUUUAAACC